UUAAGUGGUUCAUGUACCACAUAUUUUGUCCAUCAAAUAUUAAUCUCUACAUACAACUCCACUUACUAAAAUCAGCUGUUUACUCCAACUUUUCACAUACAUUUUGUGAUCUAAACAAUCCACAAAAAAAUGGCUUCCAUUACUGCCAACUCUUCAGCCUCAUUGGUUGUUCGUGCUAGUCUUGUUCACAACCCAAAGGUUUCACUUUCAUCUUCACCUAUUAUUGGGUUGCCAUCCAUAUCAAAAAAGGGUAAGGUAAGAUGUUCAAUGGAGAGCAAAGCAUCAAAGCAAGAGAUCACCACAAAGAAAGGAAUAAUGGGUGGCUCAUUGGUAGCUGCCGCAGCGGCCGCCACCAUGUCUAGCCCAGCAAUGGCUCUUGUUGAUGAGAGAAUGAGCACAGAAGGAACUGGUCUUCCCUUUGGAUUGAGCAACAAUCUUCUUGGUUGGAUCCUUUUGGGUGUUUUUGGUCUUAUUUGGGCUCUUUACUUUGUCUAUGUUUCCGGUCUUGAGGAGGAUGAAGAGUCUGGAUUGUCACUCUAAGUCCAAUUAAUCACUGUCUCUUGAUCUUCAUUCAAUCAAUUGUAUUUGAUGUGAAUGUCAUCCAUCAUAUUUGGUUAAAAUACUACCUUUUGGUUUGUUAAUAUAAGUUGUAUUAUGUUAGUAUGUACUACCUUUCUUCUCA